UCUUGACUCAUAUAUACCACAAUUAGACCAUGUUUCGUGCAGAUCCUAGCCAUCACGGCCUCCCGUAUUGCAUGUCUAAAUGGAGACUUAUCUACCGCCGAAGGACUACUCACCCAAGAUAUCAACACCAGUCCGAACAACCAUACUUCCUACGCUCAUCGGUCAUUCGUCAUGUCGCGAAAACACGACUGGGACCGCGCCCUUCUGGACGCAAUCAAGUCCAUCAGAAUUCAGCCCUCAUUGACGGGCUAUAUCUCCAAGGGUAUUGCCCUGUGUGGAAAAGGCCGGGUCCUGGAUGCGAGGGCAGCAUUUGAUGUUGCAUCCAUGUACACGGACCAGGAUUCGGAAAUCACUCAUUUUCUGCUAUUGACCAAGGCCAUCGCGCUCUUCAAUGCAGAUCAACAUGACGAGGCAAACCUGCUCCUCAAAGAGCUCGCUGCCGGUUGUCCGAAUGCUGAUACUCUCGCAUGUGGCAUCGUGCAAGCAUAUCUACACGUCGAACUCGGAAUCAAAGCCUUGGAUAGCGCACGCUACGACGAAGCUGCCGACCAUUUCACCGCCGCUCUCGACUCUAGCGAUUUAUCAUCGGAAUCGGACAUUCAUGAAAUAUAUGAAGAUUUGGUGGUGCUCUUUGGCUGGGACCUGAAGUCGUUGUGGCGAAAGGCACACCAUAAACGCUGUGAUGCACUCCUUCGGGCGGGCAAACUCCAAGAUGCCGUGAAAUCAUACCAACACAUGAUGGCUUCAAGUGACAAAAUCACCAAGGCCGACUGCCUUGAUUGGUCCAACGAUUUUAAACAGCAAUGCAGCGCACUCUGCGCUGCCAACGGAGAGGCUGCCUUCGCUGCAAGCGAUUACGACAAGGCUAUUGACCUAUACUCGAUGGCGAUCGACCUGGAUUCUGCAUCCGAUAUCUUCUUUGCAAGUCGCAGCCAGGCAAAGCUAAGUAAAAUGCUAUGGGAGGAUGCGCUCCUCGACGCGCGAAAGGUCACCGAACUCAAUCCUUCGUCUCAUGUUGGGUACCAGUUGUCACACUCAGCGCUGCGUGGCGCGCAACGUUACGAAGAAGCCAUCGAGGUCUUCACAAUCAUGUUGUCCAAGUUGUCCAAUGCUCCAGAAGCUCAGAUACGAGGGUGCGACGGGAAUAUAUGCACAGGCCCUGACCUCCUUUCGUCCAGGGAUGAGAGACGCUCGAGAGAAGCUGCAAUGGGCAUCAAAACGUGUCACCACGAUGCAGGAAGACAUCGCGUACUCGUUGUUUGGUAUCUUCGGCGUUCACCCGCCUGUAAUCUAUGGCGAGAAGAAGCAAAAUGUGCUCGGACGGCUCCUGCAGGAGGUCGUGGCGAGAUCGGGCGACAUCACUUGCCUGGACUGGGUCGGACAAUCGUCCGAGUUCAAUAGUUGCCUUCCAGCCGACAUCAUCUCAUAUGCAGCCCCGCCAUGCCCCCUACCAUCAUUGUCUGAAGAUGAGAUUCAGACAGCGGUCUCUUCGUUGCGAAACAUUGUGCCUGUGGAUUCAGCUUCGAACUUGUAUAACCUGCUCAAGAAUAUGAAUGCUCCGCUCUUCGCCAACUGCAGACUCCGUCUGCCUUGCAUCGCAUUCCGUGUCACGGAAGUCAAACGAAGGCGGGAUGUCGCUUCUCAUUCC